AUGGAUUCCAAUAAUUCGUCUGAAUUUCAUCCUUACAAUUUCACGGAAAAUGUUAAAAAAGUUAAAAAUAUAAUAUACGGUCGAGACGAAGAAAUAGAUUACAUAUUCAGAUUACUCGGUCAGACUCCUACGGAUGAGCCACCGCCAGCAUUAUUUAUUCAAGGUGAUUCAGGUACAGGAAAAUCAUUGAUUGUUAAAAAUUGUUUGGAAGCUGGUAAAUUCUGUCAUGCUAUUGUUAACUGUGGUGAAGGCUACUCUCUAAGAUUAUUGUUUGAAAAUAUAGUCAAUCAACUGACAAAACAUGAACUCAACAAAGAAAAUAAUUAUCAGUCUUAUGCAAAAUGUAGUAAUUUUUUAGAAUUUGUCCAUGUCUUGCAAAACAUUUCGAAUAAACUCAACAUAGGUAACACGAAUGAUGAUAAAAGUUUGUCGAUAAUAAUUGUUUUAGAUAAAGCAGAAUUAUUGAGAAAAUUUGAAAAAAAUGUAAUAACAACAUUUUUAAAAUUAAGAGAACUUUCAAAAUUGAAAUUAUGUGUCGUGUUUUUAACAAUAAUACCAUGGACCGGAUUCAUGGUCGAUGAUACUCCAUACGAACCGAUAAUUUAUUAUUUAGAACAUUAUAGUCAAAAAAAAAUAACUGAAAUAUUAAAAUUAGAUAAACCUGAAGAGUUUUCAAUGAAAUUUUAUGAAAAUUAUCUAUCAUUAUUUCUAAGUAUAUUUUAUUUAACUUGUCACGAUGUGAGAGAAUUAAAAUAUCAAGCGAAAUUAAAUUUUAAUCAUUACUGCGAACCGAUUAAAUCAGGAAAUUUAACAGAAAAUGAUAGCAGCGAAUUGUGGAAAAGAUGUCAGACAUUUUUUAAAAAAUCAUUAAAAUCCCUAUAUUUAAAAAUGGAUAAUUAUUCUGAUAAUUUAGAAAAAGCCACAUCGAUAACUUUGCAAGUUGUCAAUUUGGAACUGCCAUAUUAUUCGAAAUAUUUAUUAAUAGCCUCAUAUUUAGCUUCAUUUAAUCCAGCAUCAGAGGAUAAAAAAAUAUUUUUAAAAAAUCAUGGGAAAAGUAAAAAAUCUAAAAGAACCAAAAGAGCUGAAAGAGUAAAACUUUAUUUGGUUGGACCUAAACCAUUUGGAAUUCAAAGAUUAUUCGCAAUUGUGUCAGCCAUAUUGGAUGAUGAUAAAUUUAAUUUAAAUUCUGAUUUAUUUAUCGAAAUAGCUAGUUUGGUUAAAAUGAAUUUAAUCACUCAAAUAAGUGAAGACGUUUUAGAAAAUCCAACGUUUAAAUGUAACGUCGGACUUCAAUUUAUUGAUGUUAUAAAUGGCUGGUAA